AUGGCGCGGUGGUUGUCAUUCUUUGCGGAAUACAACUUUACGGUCGAGUACAAACCAGGACGACUCAAUGUCGUUGCUGAUGCACUCUCACGUCGUCCCGACUUUGAACCAGUCGCGAAACCCAACAGUGACACAACCACUGUUGCGGUUAUGACGUCCUCAGUCCCAUCUACAACAUUGUAUGCUGAUGUGAGGCGGGCAUACGCCCAAGAUGCCGUUUCUGGUGACACACCACGUGUUGUCAUUCCAGAUGACACUGAUCUGCGUUUGCGGAUCAUGUUCGAGUAUCACGAUGCUCCUAUAGGAGGACAUCGUGGCCGAGAGAAAACAUAUCUCACGGUGAGUCGAGAAUUUUACUGGCCCCGCCAGUAUCAGUUUGUGCAAAACCUCUACCGGUUCCGGCUGAGUGCUGGGAAUCCAUCUCAAUGGAUUUCGUCUUCGGGUUACCCAAAGACGCACGCGGGAAUACGGGUAUUCUCGUAUUUGUUGACAGAUUCAGCAAAAUGGUACACCUUGUGGCUGUACCAGAGACAAUCACGGCGAGUGGCUGUGCUUGUGUCUUUCUUGACACCAUCUUCCGACUUCAUGGGUUGCCCCGUGAACUCGUAUCAGACAGAGAUCCACGCGCACUGCCGAUUUCUGGCGCUCCGUGUUCAAAUCACUCGGAACGCGCUUGAAGAUGUCGACAUCUGA